GCUUCCAUUCUCGACGCGCGCUCGAUCGCGCCCCGCCGACCGUGACUGGUGCCAAACCGCUACAGCCAGCAGCUACCUUAUAGCAUCGCCCGCUCGCCAUGGCGCUCCCGCACCCUCCUUUCCGCCCUCAUCGCCCCCGACCAUGUCGCUCUCAGAGGCCAUGUCCCUCCCGACACCCACCAGCGCCGUCCGCUCCUCGACGUCUAGCUCAGGCUCCGCUGGUUCUGCUUCCGUAGGGAGCCUCGGCAGCGGCAGCGGCAGCACGGGCCCCUCGACUCGCUCGAGCGUAAGGGAGCAGGCAGUGUUCGAGUUCACCAAGCGCAAGCGCUGGGCGGACCUGCUCGUCACGGAGCUGAGCGAGGCCAUUUUGCUGGUGCUGUCUGCGGAGGGGAAGGUAUGGUACUGCGGGGCGGCAGUGGGCGAGCUGCUUGGCUGGCGCGAGGACGACCUUGUUGAUGCGGACUUUGCGGAGUUGAUGAACGCUGACGACCGUGCGCCGUUCCGCGCGCAGCUCCAAAAGUGCUUGCAGUACCCUGGGCAGCGCUCCCUCCUCGCGUAUGCGCGCUUGCAGUGCAAGAACGAUGUGUAUGCGACGGGAGACUAUGCCUCGCGCCCGAGGGAAGUGCUUUUCGAGAUAAUCGGAUACGCGCAUACGGCGUCCGGCGUGCGCACGAAGGCAACGAGUAAUGGAGAGGACUGCCAGGUCAUCUUCGCGGCGGCCAAGCCGUAUCCGAGCCGCAACACCGCUAUGCUCAAUACAUUCUUGGAACUGAAGAUGGAGAAUGAGAGACUGCAGCAGCGCGUCCUGCAGCUCCGCGCGCAAGCUAGGGCGCUCGAUGCUCCGAUUCCGUCGAGUUCUCCACCUGGGCCUUCCGGGCACUUUGCUCAGCAAAAUGAAGGAUACUACGGACAGUACGAGGAGAUUGUACAGGGCGUUGGUGCGAAAAGAGGAAGAUUUGAGGGUGAUGCGGGAUCGACGGUGGGUGGAGAGGAUGAUGAGAAUGGGUCGAAGAAGAAGCUCAAGCGAUCGUUCACUGGCACCGAACAAUAUGUUUGCGUGACGUGCGGGCGGACGGACUCUCCAGAGUGGCGGAAGGGUCCCAUGGGUCCGAAGACGCUAUGCAACGCAUGUGGGCUGCGCUGGGCGAAGAAGGUUAGGACAGAUAGAGCCGGGCAGCUGGAUGGCGAUGGUGACUCGGGGGGAGGCAAUACAGGGGCGGGGGCUAGCGCGUUCUGAUUUCGCAUUGGUAUGCAGGGAGGAUGGGACAUUGCUUAGGCGCAAACACUGACUUCUUGGGACAAGCACUUUGGUCCAUCGUAUCUAGCUUCGUUUUAAUACGUACACGGCAUCAUAAUGAUGAGGAAGUCGGUGGAAAAAUUGUUGCAUUCGAGGUGCAUAUAGUCCUCAUCCGGGGGACGUCCUGGAUCGUUGUGUCCGGGAAUGCGGGUCCCUACUCCGGUACGCCAACGGAUUGACGGGAUACCAAACAGCACUUGCGUUCUUCAUUUUGGCAAAUGAAGGGCCAGGGUCUCAUCGACCCUCUCUUAUACGGCCUCAUCGUCCUAUAUGCUCAUCUUGAUUAUGAUCCCU